UUCAUCUGAGUUGCUGUGGACUUUCUUGCUGUGAGAAAAGUCAGACUUGCCAGUCAAUGUACAGCACUUUUAUGACAUUCCACUCUGGCUGGAAGUAGAGUUUCUUCAGCUACAUUCCUGGGACUUUCAGAGCAACCAUUGGACACCAGACCUCUUGAGCCUAAAGGUUUUGACCAACUUUGGUUUUUCAUGACAAUGGAAUUUUUCCUCUCCACGAUGGCAAGAAGGAACCUCUUCCUCAGCCUCCUGCUCUGCUACAGCCUGUUCAGGGCUGCUGAUUUCCACUUGGUCACUGAGGAGAAGACAGAAUGCAACGUGUCCAGGAGGAGCAAAAUGGACUUCUCAGAUCUUCCACCCAUCUCCGUAGUAGAUUUAACUAGAAAAUCCCAGAAAGUCAGCAGGAAAGAGGCGGAGAACAAGAAAUCUUCCAAGAAAAAUGCUAAACGCAAGAUAUCUCCAAAGCCAAGGCCCCCACCUGCUGCUAACUGUGUGCCAACCUUCAAAACCUGCAAGCCACACUUGAAUUCCUGCUGUCACUACUGUGCUUUUUGCAAAUGCAGAAUCUUCCAGACCAUCUGCCAGUGCCUGAUGUUAAACCCCAAGUGUUAAGCCAAGUCAGAAACACAGCAAGCCUUCUGUCUUUCAUUAGCUUCUCAAGUGCAUAUUUCAAAUUGCCCCAUGUCUCUAAUAAUCAGAAUAUAGAGAGCUCUGAAGGUUGAAUUUACCCCUCCUAAAAUUUGAUGGACAGUCAAUAUAAUGCGGUUAAUGUUAAUGCAAGCUGGAUGCCAUUUCUGGGAGCAGACAGCCAGGGAGAUUGGCACUGAUUAGGCAUUUUUUUUUUAGCAAAAGAGCUGUGUUUUAUGAUUCUGGAUUCCUGCGGGUUUGAGCUUUUAUUUGAAGGAUCAUGUUAAUGCCAGUCUGCAGAAUUGUCUAACCAGCAUCAUAAAACGUGCCCCCGUGACACCCAAAUAGCCACUAAAACAGGACUGGUUAGGCCAGUGAGGGACUAGAGCUUGGCUUUGCCCACAGGGACACCACCAGCAUUCAGCACAGCCAAAGGAUCAGGCUGAAAAUGCAGGGUUUGAGUUUAACUCCAUUUUCACAUACUCAACAAAAAUCAGGACAAGAAUUUAUGUAGGUUAUUCCACCUGCAAAGAUGGACCCAAGGCUAAAAGGACAUUUUUUAGUCAUUCUAUCAGCAUCCACCUUCAGGUGUUUUGGUCAUUCUGCCACCAGGCUGUACCUCCCAGGGGUAUGACAUACAUAUAUACUUAAAACCUAAAUGUAUCCAUGCCUUGGAAUAUAAAAAUCAGAUUUUUUUUUCUCCAGACAUAUCUGUAGGAAUCAACUCUUCAGCCUUUCUUCUCCUGCUGCCAAGGACACUGCAUGUAGAGAGCCCAAAAGCAGGAAGACAUAUCUGGGACUUUGAGGAAGAAAGGACAGAUCAGCAAGAGAUGAAUGUAUGUCCCACAUGUACGUCUUGAAGCAAACCAUUCCAAACAAUCAAUUCUUUGCCCUUUCUUGCUGCAGGAGCUCCCAGAACCAUCUCCAAGGCUGAAUUCAGGCAGGAAUGACCAAGUGCUGCAGCAACCAGGGGAAAAAAUACAUCACAUGCUGUAUGGAGACUUAAAGGCUCAGAAAGAGAUGGCUGAAGCUCAAGGCAACAGAAGAUUUCUUUCUCUUGUUCUUGAAGCUCUUUGUCUUAAAUUUGAGGUAUCCAAGACGGCACAGAAGGAAAACCCUUCUUGGUUAAACUCCCAGGACAGCAAGGAGGGAGCAGACCCAGAAAAUGUCCCUGACACUGAAGAUUUAUUUGCCAGACUCCAGCUCUUGUUUUUUACCUCCUCUGUUCUGUACUUACAGUGUCUCUGCCCUUCUCCCUUACUGUUUUAUCUUCUGUGCUACUUCCUUCUUUUUAGUGUUUUCCCUUUAUCCAGCUGCUAUUCUUUGUUACCCCAGGAGCACUCCAGGGCCAACCCACAUCUCCCAUGUUCUCUCCACCUGCCUACACCAGGGUGCCUUCCUGUGCUCUUUAGCUUUCACAACCAGAUUUUUCUGGCCAUGAAUUUAUAAUCCAAUCAGGAAUUUUCUAAUCCCCUGUGCAGCUCUAAUUGAGAAGACACUUGUUUACUGAUUUAUUUCUAAACACAGCUGAGGGCUACAAAAAUCUUCUAGGCAGGAAAAGAUGAUACAGAUGACACUCCAAAGGGGCUCAAGCUGUAUAAAGGGUUUUAAAAAAAAUUCUAAUAAUCAGUUUAAAGCCCAGAACUCAAAACUAAGGUCAGAUAUUGACAGAAUUUUUUGUUCAUACUAGAUAUAGGUGUUGGAUUAAUCUAAGAAAGAGUCCUAAUGAUGACAGAAUGUGAUUGUGUUCCUUAUCUUUUAUAAGGAAUAUAAGCUUGAAUUCUUGUAAAUACAUGUAAGUGUGUCUUUUAGUCAAAUUUCUUGGCUCAGGAAUCUGUAGCCGCUCAAUUAUUAUGAAAAAGGAGAAUGAGAAUGAAGAACAAUACAUUAUAAUGGAUUUCAGAAUGUGGCUCCUUCUUUUACUAGGUAAGGAUUUAGGUUCCAUCAAAUUUUUUCAAAAUUCUCCUAACUAUAACAAACUGUUGUUGAUUUGAUGCCUUAAGUUUUAGCUUUCAUAUUUUCCAUAUUCUGUACUGCAUUAGUAUAUAACUCUGAACUUCAUAUAAAGUGUUAGCAAGUUCUCCUCACAACUCAGUCACACAAAACAAUCCUUUUCCAGCCCCAGAACCAAGGAAACUGUUGCAGCUUCAGGUGCAAAAAGUGCAAACAACAAAAAGGCCCAAAAGGUGCAAACAGCAGCGAGUUGAGGAGAGCAAUCUGGGACGAUGGGACUGCAGAAUCUGGAGCUGUAAUUGGACAAUUAACACCAACAUGGAAAUGGACCAAAACUUAUGAAAGUGUGAAAACUUGUGAUCAGUGUCCAUCUUGGGUGUAGCCACAGCCAGGCUCUUGUACUGCCCAAAGUGCAUCCUUUGAAGGCCUUUUAAUAAACCCCUACUUU